GUUGGCAGAGUUAACGGUUGUCGUCGAAAUUAGCCAAUACCAGCAGUGACUUCUCAACAACCGCGUAUUGUAACGGUUUUUUGUUUGAAAAAAUUACCACUAAGUGGACACGUUUGGAAAGUGUGUAGUGACAGUAAUAAAAUUAGUAAAAAAUCGCUCGCCGGUAAAUCAUUGAAUAAUAGCAUUCACUCGUAUUACAUGCUUUAAUAUUUGAACUUUUCCUCCACAUUCAACCACCAGCCGUUGCAAUCAUUUCCCGAGCGCUUAAAAGUUGUAAGAGUUUAGAAAUCUAACACGUUCCGUGUCGUUUGCCACUGCAGCAUUUGCCCGGCUGCUAACCAACGGACGCAUCCGCGUCACCCAUCGCACAGGCGUUGACAACAACGAGAUUGUCCCGUAAGUGUAUCGACACUCAGGACGGCUGCUGAUUUUCCAUAACUCAAUUUAUUCGCUUUUAACACGUCGUAACAAUAAACGUUGAUUGCCGCCGCACAUCUUUAUUAUUUUUUCGCUCAUCCUUGCUUAAUCUAGUAUUCUAAAUCGCCGCGCUUCGCCGCCAGCCACAAAAUGAAGGCGACCGUCUUCCUGUCACUUUCGCUGAUUGUGCUCAGCGCUAAGGCUUGGCCAAUGGUGAAGAAGUCUUUCGACCUUUAUGCCAACGAUCCUUUCACCAACAUUCAUGUCAUCUCAGAUUGUAUGCAUGUGGCAUCCGAACCCGGUGAGUAUGUCUUCAAAAAGGUGCCACAUUUGCUGGUCAACACGAAGGAGACGACAUUGGUGGAAGCUGCUGUUGAAGAGACGACGUCGGAGGUGUGCGGUCUCUACAUCAUUGGCGAGCCCGACACGAUUGUCGAAAUAACAAUGAAACACUAUGAUGUCAAUUGCGCGACCGGCGGUCUAAUGGCUUUUGUCGAUGGUUGGGAGUUGAAUGGUGAAUAUUUUCCGGGCAUUAAGGAUCAUCAUCGCCAGUUAGACGAGCGUGUCAUCGAGUUUUGCAACAAUUAUAAACAAUGGCCACGUGUUGCGAAUAAGAAAUUCUUCCGUUCAAGUCAAAAUGCAGCGCUGCUGCAGUAUCGCAUACCAUUCCGCGGCUCCUUCAUUGCACACGUGCGCUUCCACAAGAUAACACAGCCUUGCAACGUGCUGGCGCAAGACACGGCCGCCAUCUUCAACAUGGCUAAUUUCGGUAAUCAACGCAACUGCACGCUCUCAGCACUCUUCCCGGCCGCAGUGUCAGUGGCCAGCUUGAAAAUCGGCGGCAAGAAUAUGCGUGGCGAAAAAGUCAAUUAUGACUGUGGCAUGUAUGAGGAUCGCUUGGAGAUCGGUGGCUCUUCCGGACUCGAUGCGUACGCCAUGGAAAAGGCUUCAGAUGUUUGCGGCUACUCCGAUCAGCAAGGACCCGAACAGGCCAUCUUCUGCGGUGUAACUACGGUGCGUUUGAUCUCGACUGGACGUUAUCAGAAUCACGCAGCCGUUAUGCUACGCAAAGCCGACGAAACUGAUUUGGACAUUGCUACUCUCGUCUGUGCGCUAUAAAUCUCAAAAUAAGGAAAGAAUUGUAGACACAAAGUAAAGUUUUUGCGGGAUAUAAUUACGACCAGCUUUUGCAAUAAUAGAAUGCGACACUCAAUUAUAUACAUACAUAUAUACAUACAUAUAUAAUAAGCUUGCAUGUAUGGUUAGGGUAUUGGUAUUUGUUGAACUCUGCAUACAAUAAAAAAAAACCAAAAAACAAAAAUUUCAAAGAGUAAAAUACAUUAAUAAAAUUAAUUAAAGAUUCAGUAAAAAAAAAUAAGUUUUUGGCUCGAAAGUUGAAUUGUUUAUACUUCGCAGUACUUAGUACUUAGAAAAUAUUGUACAUAUACAUACAUAUAAUACAUAUAUACCUAUUUUGGAAAGCCUCAAUUUGUUAAACUAUUUUGUGUAAUUGUGUGUAGUAACGGUGUUCCCAGCUUGCUUCUUAAAAUUGGAGUUUAUCAGCGCCUGUAUGUUACAUACACAUACCCUUAUAUGUACUUAAAUAUAAUGGUAGUCAAAAAAUAAUAAUAUUAUAGUAAAGCCAGAAGAGAAAUGCAAU